CGAAAUCAGGGAUGUACUUGUUACAUGAACUCUGUACUUCAGCAGUUAUUUAUGAUGCCAGAGCUACGGGAUUCAAUGUGUUCAGCCCCUUUACCGAGGUCUCUCCGCUCUUCAGGGGGCUCUACGGUUUUAGUCGGAAAUGACCUUGUCGGGAAAAAGAUUUCGCUGCAAUGGGACACAGGUAUUUCAUACGAUGCUUUUGUUGAAGGCUUUAAUGACGUCACUGGUAUGCACAUUAUCCGAUAUUGCCCGAUACAGAUUGCCACGGUUGGUGGUUCCACAAUACAUCAGAUUCAACCGGAGGACAUUGACAGCCUGCCUCCAGUCCUACCGGAAGAGUUCAUUCUUACCGAAGGACGCUCCGGUAUGGAAACCGGCGUCUAUGACGUUGUAUCAGAUGUAUCUGAAAAUUUAGACGGCAAUGAAAUGUCCUCGAAAGCAAUCAACACGAUCCAAGAAACGGAGGACGAGAAGACAUCACGACACCUGUUGGAAGAGUUCCAACGAACAUUCAUUCACUUACAAGAGGGAUCGAAAGGUCGCUGUUUCGAUCCACGCACUCUCGUGGAGGCUUGCGCCUGUCUAAAGCUGGAGUUCGACGUUUGGCAGCAGAAUGACGCUUCUGAAUUUGCCACUAAGCUUCUUGACAGAUUGGAGAUCGCAUUGAGACGUUGGGCCCCUGAGCACUUUAGAUAUAUGGAUCAUACCUUUGGUUUGAAGCAAACGAAGCAAAAGAUAUGCAAGCAGUGCGGUAUGAAAUCGAAUCGUGAAGAGAAACUACUAAAUAUUGAUUGCCAAAUUCGAGGGAAAUCUGACAUUCACGAAGCGUUGGCUGCGAUGACCGAUACGGAGCUAAUGGAAGGGAGUAACAAAGUUUUUUGCGACAACUGCAAAGUAAACACCGAUACUGUUUUAAGGACAGCGAUCUCAACGCUUCCCAAUAUGCUUAUUUUAUCACUGAAGCGGUUCGAUCUGGACUACAACACUUUCGAGACUGUGAAACUAAACAGUCGAUGCGCCUUUGGACAAACUCUUAAUAUGAAACCGUACAUGUUGGAAGGACUAGAGGAAGCCGAGCAAGGCGCACAGGGACCUUCACCCAUGGAAACGGAAGACGCCAAUAAUUCAGUUGACGUCAACAUUUCCCCCGCUGGCAAAGAUGAGGACUACGAGUAUAAACUCGCUGGAGUACUUGUGCACGCCGGAGUUGCUCAAGGUGGUCACUACUACAGCUUUAUCAAGGACCGCAACCCUGGCUCCGAAGAAAAGUGGUAUCGCUUUGAUGACGAAGAUGUAACUCCUUUCGAUCCAGCAGCUAUUGAGACGGAAUGCUUCGGGGGCAAAGUAAAGAAAGAGACGAAGUGGCCGAAUGGGCAACUGCAUACUAUUGAACAAGAGCAGUUCGCGAACGCUCUCAUGCUUUUUUACGAGAAAGUGAAAUCUUCAGACUUGCCCCCACCAUCUGAUAACCCGAUGCGACAGCGGGACAUCAAUACUUCAGUUUGCUCCACUGGCUUCGAUGCGUUCGAGCCCGAUGUUCGUAGAGCCAAUGCAACUCAUCGAUGGCAAUCUUUUCUUUUUGACGCCGAAUUUCAUGCCUUUUUAAAGGGAAUUUUGGGAAUUUGCCGAAUUGGCAAUCCUCCAGGCAAUGGCGGGAGGGAUGAUUGGCAAAAACAAUGCGUGCCUGCGUUACUUUCUUUUGUGUUUGACGUUCUUCUCUAUUCGUCCGACCGGAGUGCGCUGAACGAUUGGACUCAAAUGCUGGAAGAGAUACUUUUGAGCAACCAAGAAGUCUCCAAGUCCUUUGUUCAUCAUCUCGCUCAAAAAUGUGACAAUGUUAGCGACAAUUGGGUUCGAACGUUUCUGCUUGAGUGCCCCGACCAGAGCUCACGCCAGGCUGCAGUGCGAAUCUUUAGCGCUGCUUUUCAAUCAUGUGCACGACUUGAAUCUGAGCUUAAAGCGCUGGCAGAUUGGACCGCUGCUUGGAAACAACAAAUGGAACAACUAUCGGUGCAGCAACGAGAGGCUAAUCGGCUUGUGGCUCUUCCCUGUGUACUAGAGAGAGAGUGGAAAGGCUUUGAGGAUACAAACAAAUUGGAUGGCUCCGCUUCAAGCAUGGGGAAAAUAAUAUCUUUUCUGAAUGUUUUGUUGGAGGCUUUGCCGAGGAGCUUUCGUUUCAAUGCAGAGGUCUUUACGUUUGUGCGCAACUUGGCUACAAUGCUUUUGGAAGGUGAUGAGAAUCCGUUUACUCUCGCUUUGAUCGAAGCGUUGAUUCCUGCGAGACUCGUCACUCUAGCCGUGCGGGAUCGGGUAGCAAGUCCACUCUGCCUGGCUUUUCCAGGUCUUUCGGUACCAGUGGAAGUUGCCCGCAGCCAGCUUCGGGCGGAGUCGAACGCGUCCUCGCACAUGAUGUCGAUGAAUACCAAUCAUUCUUUGAACGGGCCAGACAUGAACAGUAUUAGAGGCCCGACGCAUUCGGAUUUGAUGGCACUUUUUGAAGCACUAGUGUGCAUUUUGGGUUUACCAGGGGCAGUUCACGUUCCAAUUGUGCGUGAUUUGGAAGAUUUAGGAAGAGGCAGACACAAAUUUGCACUCAAUGAGACCACCGUGAAAGCGCUCACCGCAGUCUUUCAGGAAUGUUGUUCACCGGGCGCUCCAGGCAUGGGCCAGCGUGAAAUCGAAAUCUAUCUAAGCAGAUGCGAUGUCGACGCGGCAAACGUGUCAAAACAAAAGAUAAACGAUAUCAUGUCCAAGUACCCCAUUGCUAAAUGCGACCACGAUCUUCCUGGCAGCAAUUUUUUAAGCCUCGAAGGUUUCCUUGCUUAUUACGAGGACACUGUUCAAACGAAUGACGUACGCGUUCGGGCCGACUUGCACACAUUUGGAUUUCGGCCUGAUCUUACGAGACGAUCGAGGCUUUCCCGGCUUGUCCCUGUACGGAAUCAAGAGAAGGAUAGAAAACCGCCAGAGAGUGUUGCGAUUGAUGUAGCAGAGACGUUCAGAGAUGGAUUUGCUGAUCUAGGCCGCUACGGAAACCUGGGUUUGAGUAGUAGUCCAGCUCUAUUUGUGCUCGCCGACAGUGUUAGCGAAGCACUUUCCCAGUACCUCAUCGCUGCAGCUACUUACCGUCGCGACACCAAUAGCCUCACGCUGGCGACGCUUCAGGAAAUCCAUAGAACGCCAAAUGAUUGGAACGGAUCGGAAUCCAUCGGCGCUUCGCUGAAUAUUUUGAUGGUUAUUGCAGCUACACCGGAUGAUGAUCAAGAUGAGAGAAUAUCCAGAAUCAUGUCCAGCCAAGGUAAAGCUGCCCGCAACGUAGAAUAUGGAGCGGGUAUUUUGCAGGUUCUUCGAGCUUUCUUUCGUACACGUCAAGCGCAGCAGUUCAGCAACGAAAUGCGAUGGGGCUAUGAGCGGUACGUCGGUUUAUUGAAGGAACUCCGUCGUGUUUAUCCCGUCUUUGUUUGGAUGAACAACCAUCGAGACCAGUGGAGUUUUGUAGAACGUGAAGUGUUGGAUUCAGCUUCUCGACUCCAAGGAAAAUUUCGAACCGAGUACGUCCACCGUGUACCCGACCACGCAAUUCAAUCUGAUCACAAUUCACACGCUGAUUCCGAUAUGGCAAACAUAAACGAUUCGGACGAUGACUCUCAGCUUUCGCCGGCCGAUCAUUACAACGGGCGCGAAAUUAGCAUCCCCAAUUCCGAAGCCAACGAUGGUCCAUAUCAGAUUGUCGUGGAAGGCGCAGGAAAUUCUUCCGUAAAUGGUGUGUACCACCAGUGCGGCUAUUUCGAAGGUGGGUGCCGCUACGCCAUGUCGGGAAAUUGGCGCAACGAACGGUAUCGCUUCUUCAUCUUUCAGUGCAACGUUAGCAAUAAUACCAAGCAUUGGUACAUCUCCAUAGUUCCCUACGACAGCCAGCCCGGUACAUCAGCAGACAUUGACUUUUACACUGCCCCGGCGACAUCUGAUUUCUUGCGCGUGCCGCCCCACACUGGUUGGGUCAAGUCACAAGAAGGCACCGACCCAUUACCACGCUUGACUUACAAACGGUUAUCUUCUGAAGGCGGUACGCCUGAGCGUGUGUUGAAUGGAUCUGUUUUGGAAGAGAGCGACAAAAGUGAUUCUCCGUACAUCUGAAAAAAGCAGAAACGCUCACCAAACUCUGGCUAAAAAUUUAAUAUUAAUACGUCAUGUAGAGCCGUAUGAUUUUAUCC